GGCUUUAGUGGCAGCAUGAAGCGCGCCCAGACUGCGGAGGAACGAGAGCGUGAAGCUAAGGUACUUGACAUCCUUUCAUCCUUCAUAUGGUUACUCUCAAAAGGAGCGCACAAACUGAGGCUCCUCGAGGAGCUUGAAGACACCUGGCUUCCUUACCUGACCCCCAAAGAUGAUGAGUUCUAUCAACAGUGGCAGCUGAAAUAUCCUAAACUGGUUCUCCGGGAAGCCGGCAGUAUAUCCGAGGAGCUGCAUAAAGAGGUCCCUGAGGCCUUCCUCACACUGCAUAAGCAUGGCUGCUUGUUUCGGGACCUGGUUAGGAUCCAAGGCAAAGAUGUGCUCACCCCAGUGUCUCGAAUCCUCAUCGGGGACCCAGGCUGUACCUACAAGUACCUGAACACCAGACUCUUCACAGUGCCCUGGCCAGUGAAGGGCUGCACCAUCAAUUACACAGAGGCUGAGAUCGCUGCUGCAUGUCAGACCUUCCUCAAGCUCAAUGACUACCUGCAGGGUGAGACCAUCCAGGCCUUGGAAGAACUGGCUGUCAAAGAGAAGGCUAAUGAAGAUGCUGUGCCUUUGUGCAUGGCAGAGUUCCCAAGGGUUGGCAUGGGGUCAUCCUGUGAUGAUGAAGUGGACAUUAAGAGCAGAGCAGCCUACAACGUGACUUUACUAAACUUCAUGGAUCCCCAGAAAAUGCCCUACCUGAAAGAGGAGCCUUAUUUCGGCAUGGGGAAAAUGGCGGUGAGCUGGCAUCACGAUGAGAACCUGGUGGACAGAUCAGCCGUGGCAGUGUACAGCUAUAGCUGUGAAGGCUCUGAGGACGAAAGUGAGGAUGAGUCCAGCUUCGAGGGCAGAGAUCCCGACACUUGGCAUGUUGGUUUCAAGAUAUCGUGGGAUAUCGAGACGCCAGGCUUGGCAAUACCUCUUCACCAGGGAGACUGCUAUUUCAUGCUGGAUGAUCUCAAUGCCACCCACCAGCACUGUGUUUUGGCUGGUUCACAGCCUCGUUUUAGUUCCACCCACCGAGUGGCAGAGUGCUCAACAGGCACCUUGGAUUAUAUUUUACAACGCUGCCAGUUGGCGCUGCAGAAUGUCCUCAAUGACUCGGAUAAUGGUGACGUCUCUCUGAAGUCCUUGGAACCUGCAGUUUUGAAAAAAGGAGAAGAUAUCCACAAUGAGGUCGAGUUUGAGUGGCUGAGACAGUUCUGGUUUCAAGGAGAUCGAAACAAAAUUUGCACCGAUUGGUGGUGUGAACCCAUGACUCAGCUGGAGGGGCUGUGGAAGAAGAUGGAGAGUGUGACAAAUGCUGUGCUUCGUGAAGUUAAAAGAGAGGAACUCCCUGUGGAACAAAGGAAUGAAAUUCUGGCUGCCAUCCUGGCCCCGCUCACCGUGCGCCAGAACCUGAGGAAAGAAUGGCACACCAGGUGCCAGUCCCGAAUUGUCCGGUCUUUACCAGCUCAUCAGAAGCCAGACUGCCGACCCUACUGGGAGAAGGAUGACCCUUCCAUGCCUCUGCCCUUUGACCUCACAGAAGUGGUUUCAGAGCUCAGAGGCCUGCUUCUGGAAGCAAGACCCUAGAGGAAGCACAAUUCUUCAGGGGAGAAGAAAAAGAUAUCUUUGGCUUUCCUCCCCAAACCUUGGACAAGGGUAGUGUAGACACCUUUCAACCUGUAGGUAAUAGGACCUGGGUUUCAGUUCAAGACAGUUAGAAAAUAAAGCUCACAAAUACUAAAAUGUUGAAUAAUCAAUCACUCAGUGUUUCAGUCUGAUUUGGUGUUAAACUAGAACACACACACACACCCCAAAAAGUAUUCCCCAAACUUUUUUGCCCCUUUGGGAGCCCUUUUGUCCCCAGGGUGGCAACAGGGACGAGCUAAGCCUGUGACAAGCCUCACCUUCUUUCCUCUUGGGCUAGCCCCGUCAGAGACUGGGAGGAGACCCAGGCAUGGGACCACAGAACUGGAGAGACCCAUCCCAGCUUCUCACCUUGGCUCUGGCAGUUGGGCCAUCCAAAACGGCAGUUACUAGCUCACUGUGGCUGUGCAGACUUAGAUUCAGCUCGAUUAUAGUUAAAAAUUCCUCUGGCCACAAGUCAAGUGCCUAGCAGGAGGGUACCGGUGACUGUGGUUUUAGACAACAUAUGGAUGUUUCCAUGUUUCAAGUUUAUGAGCAGGCACCCCCUCUUACGGUUUUCUGUAGUGACUAUUGCUGCCGUAACCGUGGAGGAAAGAAAGGAAAAGCAAUUGCUGAACAGUAAACUCUUCCCUUCUUCUCAGAGACAAAGCUCAGAGAGGGCCUGACUGAUUGCCCUGUACACUGCACACAGGAAGAGGAAGGAACAACAAAGGAAAUGGCCACAUCCUGGCUUUACGGGGCUUCCCUGAUCCAAUGACAGGCCAGCCCUGUAGACUCUAUUUCAUGGAGUUAGCGUUUCUUUUAGAAUUCCCCCAUUUGUGGGUACUGGCAGGUGGUAUGGGAACUUGAAGGACCCAACUCCCCAUCCCAGUGAUGCCAGAGCGUCACAGGCUAUAGGGAAAUGUUAAGCCUGAAUUCUAAUUUCCAAGUGCCAGGAUUCCCACUCACUCUGUGACCUUCGCAUGUCCUUGUAUCUCAGCCUCCUCAUCUGUGUGGUGGGAGGUGUUAAAAGUGUCAACUGCUAAAUAUGAAGAUUAAGUGACAUGACGGAGCUACAGACCUGAAGCAAUGUCUAGCAUACCUAGCUCCACACCUGAUACAUAUUAGUGUUGUUAUGUGAGUUGCCCUGGCUGUAGCAGUCUUCCUCCCCCGCAGCAGUCCUUUGCUAUCUGUGGCUCAUGGCCCACAUCUCUUUCUGCUGGCCUGAGGUCUUUCGGUGGCCCCUUCCCUCAGCCUAUGACUUUGUGGUAUUGGUCGGGACCUUCUGCAUGUGGAGGGGUACACAACAGUGUUUUUGCUGCAGUCAGGAUUCCAUCUGAGAUGCCUUCCAGCCCAGAAUUAGCCACAGGAGCUGCAUUUUACAAAGCAGCUAGGAUUUCCUAGUGUAGGGACCCAAGUCUCUUAGGCCUUGAUGUGUCCUCUUUUGUCACUGAACUGCAGCUUCCUCAUUAGUAGAGAGGUGAGGUCCAUUCUCAGAGGGUACUGCCAUAGAUGAAAUGAAAUGACCUAAGUAAGGUGUAGGUGGCUUCAGAUGUCACAGGUUGGCCCACCACCACCAUCCCCAGCUGCCAGGCUCUGGUUUAUUAGGCCCCAUGAUAUUUCUUCUGUGCUCUAUUCCAUUAGGUGCCAAAAUUAAAAAUUGGGGAGAUUCCACAUAAAAUAAAAAUUUCUGCAUUCUCUUUAGAAGUCAGAAUGCCUAUGUGCUCCUGGGUCUCUAUACCCGCAUGGCAGUGGCUUGGCAGUGUCUGUGACCUCUAUGCUCUGCUACGACCCUGCUACUCCUUGUCGUCAUUUUAUAAACAUGAUCCCCCAACAGUGCUUUCUAAACCUGCUUGCUCACACCCGUUAGUAGAAAGCAGUAGUGUCGCGUGCUCAGUGUGUGUUCCUCCUGUUGAACUGUGUUCAUGGUCUGCUUGUACUGCUGUGCUGUGUGCACCCGUUCAUACACAAUAAAGAACACAAAGAUGAGAAACCAAA